GUGCCCAAUAAAUAUCCGAUAUUUGAAUUUUGACCUGUGUUCUGAACCUGCGAUAGUAAAAAGAACAAAAACAAACCUCCCUGAAAUAAAGAAGAAUGUUUAUGCCAAUGAACCAACCUAUAACUCAGGAAGAAAUAACCAUAUUCAGAAAGGAGAAUCAAGUAAAGAAGAAAUCGACUGGACCAAAGAUUUUGAAGAAGAAAUUAUGAGAAAAGCAAACUUUGAUAAAAAAAGGAAGACCAAAUAUUCCAAUUGA